ACUCGGGUGUGAGUUUAAUCUUGUACUAUAGUGAACCCUUUGUGAAGGGUUAUGCCAUUGGUUAAUUUGGUCAAUUUUUCAAAAUUGUAAUAUUUCAUAACUUUUCCCCACUUCAGGCCAUUGAAUUAUGUGAUAUAUAUCCACGGUUGUAGGGAUUUGGAGCAUUCAUAUUCACCUUAGAAAAUAAGGGGCAUGUCAUGUUAGGCAGAAUCCAUAAAGGCGUCGCAUUAAAUAAUUGUCUUUUUGAGGUCUGAAGACGGCGAACAGACUCGGAUAACUGAGAUAAUAAUAUACUAAUCACAUAAUUACAAUUUUUUUAAAAAUCAAACAAAAAAGGUUAAGGUUCGGUCUGUUAAGAGUUUUGAUAAGUAAAAAUAAGUACAUGGUAAUCCAUUUAUAUGUCUACUAUACUUGUCCAGUGAUUAGUUACAUUUAUAAGUCGUUUAACAGAUAUGACCAAAAUUAAUAGAUUAUUUUAUACUUUUUCAUAAUUUACAUAAUAAAUAUUUUCUGUUUCUAAUUUUUUAAUAAAUAUCCUAAGAAUACUAAUUAAAAAACCCUAUUUUUGAAAGCUAUAAGUACAGUUAUUUUGGAAUGGUGGGAGUAUUAUUAUUAUUGACUAAACUCUGUUUCCCCACGUGUAUAGUCGUCAUCGCUCCAACAGCAUCAUCAUAUAAAUAGAUCACAUUCGACUUUGGUUUAUUUACUUCUUCGCUGUCGGAAACAGUUUUCGUCGUUCAUUCAUCAGCUGUUCUCUUCGUUUUUCUGCCUACAAUGGAUGAGAAUUCAGCAACAAAUGGAACCCAUGAGGUGGUUUUAGAUGUAAACAGGGACGUCUCUAGAACAACUCAAGCUUCACGCUCUUGUGUCAAUGUUUCUUUCUUGCAGAAGUUGGUAGCUGAGGUGGUAGGCACGUAUUUCUUGAUAUUUGCAGGGAGUGCUUCUGUGGUGGUGAACAAGAACAACAACAACGUUGUAACACUUCCUGGGAUAUCAAUUGUUUGGGGACUGGUUGUGAUGGUGCUGGUUUACUCUGUUGGUCACAUCUCUGGUGCCCAUUUCAAUCCUGCUGUCACCAUUGCUUUUGCCUCCACCAAAAGGUUUCCCUUGAAGCAGGUUCCAGUUUAUGUGGUGGCUCAGGUUGUUGGAUCCACACUUGCAAGUGGGACUCUCAGACUAUUAUUUAGUGGCAAAGAAGCCCAGUUUUCAGGAACACUUCCAUCUGGGUCCAACCUGCAAGCUUUUGUGAUUGAAUUCUUAAUCACUUUUUUCCUUAUGUUUGUCGUAUCCGGGGUUGCCACUGAUAACAGAGCGAUCGGUGAGUUGGCCGGGAUUGCCGUUGGGUCUACUGUGCUGUUGAAUGUGAUGUUUGCAGGGCCAAUCACAGGAGCAUCAAUGAACCCAGCAAGAAGCAUAGGGCCAGCGAUUGUACACAAGGAAUACCGAGGAAUAUGGAUAUAUUUAGUGUCUCCAACUCUUGGGGCUGUGGCCGGCGCAUGGGUCUACAAUAGUAUUCGUUACACGGACAAGCCACUGCGUGAGAUCACCAAGAGUGCCUCUUUCCUUAAAGGAGUAGCCUCUAGGUGAUUUAACCAAAUUAUGCUAGAAAUUAAGGUGUAUUCAUGUGUCAUUUACAGAGAGUAACUUCAUUUGGAAAGUAAUUGUCUCCAAGAUUUGUUACUAAUUUAUCAUGUAUCAGGGUCAAAGUAUAAGGAAAAAUCAUUAGUAUAUUGUUGCAAACACAUCUACAGAAAAUCAAAAUUUCAUCUCCUUGUUUUUCACUUUAUUAAGUUUAUAAUCAUAAAAUCACUGGAUUUUAGGCCCCA